AAGAGCUUAAAUACAAGUCCAUGCGGAAGCUGCGCUGGUUUCCAAUGAUAGGGCAGUACCACAGCGUGAAAACGCAGGUGUUACUGAGCUGAGCUUGGAUCACAGGAAGGGCUCACAUACUCUUUAAGAGCUUGUUACCUGUGUGUAGGAGCAGCUGGAAAGAUAAGAGAAGACAGAGGAAGAGACAAAGUAGUUGCCUACAUAGAGGGGGGGAAAAAUCCCCUUCGGUUUCUGCUGAAAACUUUUCUGCCUGUGCUUGCCAGCAGUGUGUUGGUGGCACUGUAGCAUGUUUAGGAAAGCUGCUGUGCCCAUGGUCUCUAAUGCAAGCUACUUGCAGGGACAAACUAAUGGCAAGUUGUCCUCUAUGGACAGCAAACAGCCAGCCCAGGAGGGAAAAGUUAUGCUGAAGAAGAAAGUGACACUUAUGAGGGGGAUAUCCAUCAUAAUUGGCACUAUCAUUGGAGCUGGCAUCUUCAUCUCUCCCAAAGGCAUCCUGAAGAACACAGGCAGCGUGGGCAUGUCCUUGACUGUGUGGACAGUAUGUGGUAUCCUCUCACUUUUUGGUGCCCUCUGCUAUGCUGAGCUAGGAACAUGCAUUAAGAAAUCCGGUGGUCACUACACCUAUAUCCUGGAGGCCUUUGGCCCGUUACCUGCAUUUGUGAGGGUCUGGGUUGAACUACUCAUCAUUCGCCCUGCUGCCACAGCAGUGAUAUCAUUGGCAUUUGGGCGCUAUAUCUUGGAACCUUUCUUUAUGCAGUGUGAAAUCCCAGAACUUGCAGUUAAACUUAUUACAGCUGUCGGCAUCACACUGGUGAUGGUCCUGAAUAGCACAAGUGUCAGCUGGAGUGCCCGCAUUCAGAUGUUCCUUACCUUUUGUAAGCUUGUAGCAAUUCUGAUAAUUAUAGUCCCUGGAGUUAUCCAGCUAAUUAAAGGAGAAACACAGCACUUUAAAAAUGCCUUUGCAGGGAAUGAUGCCAGUAUUAUGGGAUUACCACUUGCUUUCUAUUCAGGAAUGUAUGCCUAUUCAGGCUGGUUUUACCUCAAUUUUGUUACCGAAGAAGUGGAAAACCCUGAAAAAAACAUACCCCUCGCAAUAUGCAUUUCAAUGAUUAUCGUCACAGUUGGCUAUGUGUUAACAAACGUGGCUUAUUUCACUACAAUCAGUGCUGGGGAAUUGCUGCUUUCAAAAGCUGUAGCAGUGACCUUUGCUGAACGACUAAUGGGAAACUUUUCUUUAGCUGUACCAGUGUUUGUUGCUCUCUCCUGCUUUGGAUCUAUGAAUGGUGGCAUUUUUGCAGUCUCCAGCAUCCUCUCACAAUGAUAAUGUUAUUCAACGGAGAUCUCUACAGCCUCUUGAAUUUCCUCAGCUUUGCCAGGUGGCUUUUUAUUGGACUAGUAG